AUGCAAUCGGGCCAAUUUAUGACACCGACUAUUUUGACGAGGCCGACCUGUCAACGACAAAUCCAGGUCAUCAACCUCUGCGCCUUGUGUAACGUACUGAACGAAGGAGACGAGAAUGGGGAGCCAUCGACCAAUCACUGGACCAUAUGCCUGCAGACGUCUCCAGCCUCUAGCUUGAAGAUCGACAUGGCGCCUUGGGACUGGCGACGUGGCAAGAUCCUCCUGAGCUCUGCAAAGGAUCAACCCUAUAACAUGGAUGAGACCCUGCAUGUUUUCCCCUUCACAGUUGCGCGGGAAAUUACCGUCGUGAGCGUGAUAGGGGCCAUCAAUGAGAAGGAGAGAGACAUGUUCUGGUUCUCGGACGAGGACGAGGGCUGUCGUUGGUGGGUGUGCCAGCUGUUGGGUGAUUUCGAAAGCCCGGGUAUCGUGGAGGUGGGAUCCGCUGCUGCCGCCGAGGAGUAUUUGCUGAGGUACUGGAUAAACCCAAAAGGGUCAUACCUAGGGACAUGA